AUGGGCAAUUCCACACCUACAGAACCAGCUCCUGCAUACGAGGACCUAUUCCAAGAGCGCGGCUCAAGCUCACGGAAUGGCUAUACCAUGGUCGGCCAAACAGACACCACCCAUGAGCACCGAGACAUAGAACAGGGUCACCACCACCUCCAUGCCAUCCCCGCUCCCAUCCCCAUCCCUAUCGGGGUGACAGCGCCCGAGGAGCCGGAUCAACAUAUUCACUGUGCAGAAUGUGAUCGGCAGCGGGAGCGCAGAGAGAGACGGGGGAGUUCCCAGAGAGCUUGUAGCAUGGUUGCGAGGACGUUUAUCUUGAUCUCGCUGUUCCUGAUGAUAUUGGGGAUUGUUGGUGUUCAGGCUUGGAAGGAUGUUCGUAUGAAAAAGUUACAUGGUUAG